AUGCUGCAAAGCGACGCCCUCGAUAUACUCGGCCAAGUGCCGUUCCUAUACAAACUCUACACACAAAUAUGCAGCGUCUACCCGAUCACCGACCCCGCUUCACAUGAUGAUAUCGUCAACACCUUGAAAACUGGCCUGGACAGAUUGGGUGCGAGUUUUCCAUGGCUUACGGGACAGAUUAUCUAUGAGGGAGCAUCUGAAGGAAACACCGGUAUCUACAAGUUCGCGCAUUUGGACAUAAUCCCGCUAGUCGUCAAAGAUCUCCGACAUGAUGCUUCUGCGCCGACGAUGAGUGCCAUGCGACAGGGCGAUUUCCCUUUUACCAUGCUGGAUGAAAAUGUCAUUGCGCCUUGCGCGACUCUUAAUCUGCCAGGAAGUACUAUUGGGCUGGCAGCUGACUCUGCGCCUGUCUUUGCUGUUCAGAUUAAUUUCAUCGCUGGCGGCUGUAUACUUACCGUUGUCGGGCAGCAUAAUGUCAUGGACAUGACUGGGCAAGGGCAGAUUAUGUACAUGCUGUCGAAAGCUUGUCAUAACCAGCCUUUCACCAGUGAGGAACUGGCGAUAGGGAAUAUAGAUCGGAACAAAGCCAUUUCCCUGUUGGAUGACUCGUACGAACCUGGGCCCGAACUUGCUUGUCAACUAGUGAGACCUUCUCCGGACAUCGACGAUGAACCUCCAGUACCGCCACCACCGCCCAAAUGUACCUGGGCCUAUUUGAGCUUCUCUCCAAGCUCCCUCAAGGCCCUUAAGUUCUUGGCAACGAGCAACACUCCCCCUUUUUCCAGAUUUAUCUCGACGGAUGACACAGUCAGCGCAUUCAUCUGGCAAUGUAUAUCUCGAGCCCGGAUCCCCCGUCUGGAACCCCGUGCCCAAUCCACAUUCAGGCGCGCAGUCGAUGUCCGACAACACCUGGGGAUCCCGCCGACAUACCCAGGACUGAUGCAAAACAUGACAUACAACACAGCCACACUGCAGCACUUGGUAGAAGAGCCCCUGGGCGCCACUGCAUCAAAGUUUCGCUCGCAACUCGACCCACAAAUCGUAGACUUGGCAUACAACACCCGCGCCCUCGUUACAUUCCUCACUCGCUCGCCGGAUAAGACGAAAGCUAGUUUCACUGCGAACGCGGAUACAGCCACGGACUUUGCACUCAGUUCGUGGGCCAAGGUUAACCUCUAUGAUUUGGACUUUAAGCUUGGGUUGGGGAAGCCGGAGGCCGUGCGGAGACCGCGCUUCAUUCCGUUUGAUGGUCUGGGAUAUUUGAUGCCCAGGUCACCGCGCGGCGAAAUGGUAGCUGGUAUUUGUAUCAGAGAUGAUGAUUGGGAGCGGUUGAGGGUGGACGAGGAGUUUGUGAAGUAUGCGACGUACAUUGGGUGACCGGUUGUGCAUUUAGAUGGUCUUUUGUAGACAUGUAAAUAAUAUUCCAAUAUGUAUUGCCCCAUCUUGUUGAUGCCAUAGUGCCCUGAUCUGAUAAGAUAGCGGGGCUCGGAGUUACCCCGUCUUCAAUUGAUAAACACCU